AUGAGAAGCCCUCAAAGUGGGCUCUUUGCCCGGCGCUCCUGGACCUGCAUCCAAUGUCGAGCCUGUUCUUCUUCUUCCCUGAGCGCUCAAGCCCGUAAUUCGAAAUCCAAACUGCCACAAGCUCCUGCGCGCACUCGUUUUGCGCCCUCGCCCACUGGCUAUCUUCAUCUAGGCUCCCUACGGACGGCACUCUUCAACUAUCUGCUGGCAAAACGGACUGGCGGUCAGUUCUUACUGCGCAUUGAGGAUACCGAUCAGAAACGGACCAUUCCCGGCGCUGAACAGCGCCUUUACGAUGAUUUGAAAUGGGCAGGAUUGAACUGGGAUGAAGGUCCCAUUGUCGGCGGACCUUACGGACCUUACAGACAAUCUGAAAGAACGGCUUUAUAUCGCUCCCACGCCAAUGACCUGAUCUCUAACGGCCAUGCAUACCGAUGUUUCUGCUCCGCGGAGCGAUUGGACUCGAUCGCCCGUCACCGCAGCCAGGCAGGACUACCCCCCGGUUAUGACCGGAAAUGCAGUGACGUGUCUGCCGAGGAAUCAGAAGAUCGGGCAGCCAAGGGGGAGGCACACAUUAUUCGAUUGAAGGUGGAGGAAUACCCCAUGUUCAAUGAUCUGGUUUAUGGCAAGACCGGUCAGAACCGGACCAACAACAAGAAGCUCGAUUUUAUUGAUCGCGUAUAUGACGACCCAAUCCUUAUCAAAUCUGACGGACACCCCACGUACCACUUGGCGAAUGUGGUGGAUGAUCAUUGCAUGAAGAUCACUCAUGUCAUCCGAGGAACAGAAUGGAUGCCAUCCACACCUAUGCACAUGGCCUUGUAUAAUGCCUUUAAGUGGACUCCACCGAGCUUUGGUCAUGUCCCUUUGCUCGUCGACCAGAGCGGACAAAAGCUCAGCAAGCGCAACGCAGAUAUUGACCUCUCGUCAUUCAAGGAUCAGCAAGGAAUUUUCGCAUCAACCCUAGUGAACUUUGCUUCUCUGCUAGGCUGGUCGCACUCCCAGAAGUCCGACGUCUUAGAUUUGAAGGAAUUGGAACAAAUCUUCAAUCUAAAAAUCACCCGGGGCAACACCGUCGUCGCAUUUGAGAAGCUCUGGUUCCUCCAGAAGGCACAUGCCCAACGGUUUGCCGCAAAUGGCGGUCCUGAAUUCGACGAGAUGGUGAAGAGAGUAAGCUCAGUGGUGGAAGAAACCCAUCCUGUCGACAAACUCAACACGAUCCUCAAAGGACGCACUCUAUCUGAAUACAUCGCGCCGCUCAUCCGCGCCGAUGCCAAAUCCUACACAGAUGCAAAGGAAUUCGCUCAGCGUAACUCCACCUUCUUCACGCCUAAGCUCGAUAGGGUUCCUUACACACCUGCCUCGCCCUCGUCUUCAUCAUCUUCCCCCGAAGUCCCUAUUCAAGCCCUGCAUACCGCUGCAGCUGCUCUCACGCUUGUGCCCUCCUCUCACUGGGACAUCGAAAACCAUCGCUUCAACAUCAACUCCUACGAUGGCUCUGAUAGCGUUGUCCUCCCCGUUUCUGAAUCAGAGACACCCGCCGCAGCCAUCACAACAGACAAAGUCUUCAAGAAAGAGCUGUACCACUACCUCCGCUGGGCACUGUCGGCUUCCGCCCCUGGCCCUGGUAUCCCCGAGACUAUGGCAAUUCUUGGAAGAGACGAGACUCUUCGCCGGGUGCAGGAUGCGAAGGCAUCCACUCAAUCCCUUGUUCCAUCUGCUGGCAAGAGAGUUCCCAAGGGGACCUUGCCUGAAGAUCAAAGUUGGAUGGGGUCUCUUGCAACUAAGCGGUAA